UUUUUUUUUUUUUUUUUAGUUCCGCUGGUAAUUCUAACAUGGCCAGGUUGAGAGCCACUGACUUAAAUGAGAAGUUAACCUUCCAUCUAUCCUAUCUAAGGCAGUCAAGUCAAAACAAAGAUCACUUCUCUAGCCAAAAUAACAAUAACAACAGAUCUAUCCCUGUUCUAGACUCUAUGGCUUAGGACUGAAAUGUUGCCAGCUUCAGAGGCUCAUGGCAGCAUCUGGUACAAUGUACACCUUGGGUGAAUGAGCAGAAAAGAAAGCCAGCUACAUACCUGGCGCUCUUCAUGUUUGCCGUGCACCUCAAUCACAUCUCCCAACACCUUGACCUUGAGUUCCUCGGGGGAGAAGUGCUUCACAUCCAGGUUGACAGAGAAUCUGUCCUUCUCCAGACGCAUCUAAAAACAGCAAGGUGGGGCAGGGGUAGCAGAAAAAGUGGUAAGAAUGGGGAUUACACUAAUACAGCCUCAUCAUUCUGCAGACUUGCUUUCUGCUCGGGUAGUUGGUCCUCCCCUUUUAAGCUAAAAAUCCUUUUUUGAAUAAACAUGGUUCUCUGGUUCAGGGGGCACACCACUUGGUCAUCAGGCCCAAACUUUAUUUACAGGGAAAAAGGCCACUCAGGGGAUAAAUCGCAAGGAUGGGUCUGGGCAUGGCUUCUGCUGCUUCUCUGACCCAAUGCCUGGCCUUGUCAUUUGUCUGUGGUACAAAGGCUGCUUCUUCUUGCUCAGGUCUCUGCCAAGUUUCCCACCCACUCAAUCUGGAAUGUUCUGCUGGCUCUGAUUGUCCUUCCAAAGCCCUUGUCCACUCAGCUCCUGUUUAUUUACACUUGAAAAAUUUUAAACCAGAGUGUUAUCUGUGACAGCUUCUGUCAACCUUAUCUGUUCCCCUCAUUUUCCCACACUCCUAGGACAAGUUGGGGGGUCAGAAAACUGGACCUAUAUUCUUUCCUCGUGAGCCUCGGACCCAGGCCAGUGCCCUGUCACAGCCUUGAGAAACCUGGAAAAUCACAGAAGAGGGAGUGGAAGACAAUAGUGGUUGCUGUCUCCAGCUGCACGCAGCAGGGAUGAGGCUCGGCACUAUUUUGGGUGGUGUAGACCCCGCCCCCACUCCGAACGCACCCUGGCCCUACGGCGGCAGCUGGAGGGGUCCCGCUGCGACUGUUGGGGCCGCACCUCGGACCUGAGCCGCCGCCGCAUCUGCAGCCAUGUCGGGCCGCUCGGUGCCACAUGCCCACCCGGCCACCACUGAGUACGAGUUUGCCAACCCGAGCCGCCUGGGUGAGCAGCGCUUCGGGGAAGGCCUCCUGCCAGAAGAGAUCCUGACCCCCACCCUCUACCACGGCUACUACGUCCGGCCACGGGCAGCCCAAGCGGCGGAGGGCAGCAGGGCGGGGGCCUCGGAGCUUCGGCUUAGUGAGGGCAAGUUCCAGGCCUUUCUGGAUGUGAGCCACUUCACCCCAGAUGAGGUGACCGUGAGGACUGUGGACAACCUGCUGGAGGUGUCUGCCCGGCACCCCCAGCGCCUGGACCGCCACGGCUUCGUGUCCCGAGAAUUCUGCCGCACCUACGUCCUGCCUGCGGAUGUGGACCCCUGGCGCGUCCGCGCCGCGCUCUCCCAUGACGGCAUCCUCAACCUGGAGGCGCCUCGGGGUGGCCGACAUUUGGACACAGAGGUCAAUGAGGUCUACAUCUCCCUGCUCCCUGCACCUCCUGAUCCAGAGGAAGAGGAGGAGGCAGCCGGCGUUGAGCCCUGAAUGUCACAGACCCAGCACCCAGUUGAACCCCUUGCUAGCCCCCGCCCCCACGGUGAUACGGAGCAGCUGCCCACCACCCUAGAGGUAGCAGCAUCCUUGGGGGAAGGGUGAAGUGCAUGGUCCACAAUGUAUGGUUUGGUCCCUUGGGACGUGUCAUAGCGUUUUUUCGUUUAGUUUAGGGUGGAGCUGAAUAAACCCAAAUCUCAGGGC